AUGCCGGACCGCCGCGACCACAUCGUGACACUCGAGAAGAAAUGGGGGUACCAUGCCGUCGACGGGUAUGAGCUCAAUAACAACACAUGGGGUUGCGACAGCGCGACGUCAGGCUCUCAGCGCACGCACUACGAUGGACCUUCCGCCCCGGGAUCCUCCGGUGCCGUUGGCAUCGCGUGGUCCUCAGAUUGGGAAUGGCAAGGCGGCGAACACAACGUGAAGUCAUACGUAUACGGCGCGCGGCAGUUCCAGCGUCGACUUGUUAGCGAGAUCACGGCGCUGCCGACUGAGGUGGAGUGGCACUACAGCACGUGGGAUGUGCGGGCCAACGUCGCCUUCGACAUCUUUACGGACCCGGACCGGGAGCAUGCAAACAGUAGCGGAGAGUACGAGGUCAUGAUCUGGCUGGCGAAGCUCGGAGGCGUCUGGCCCAUCAGCGAGUCCAAGGCGCCCAUUGCGCAUGUCGAGAUCGGAGGCCAUCAGUGGGAGCUGCAUUUUGGAUACAACCACGGAGGGAAAAUGAAGGUCUUCAGCUUUCUUCCCGUCAACGGGCCGAUACAGCACUUCAACACAGACGUGAAGCAGUUCUUCGAUUACCUCAUUCACGAACACCGGUUUCCAGCCCAGGACCAGUACAUGCUCGUCUACCAGCUCGGAACGGAGGCAUUCACCGGAGGCCCGGCGGAGUUUGUGGUGCCGAAGUUCAUCGCCGAAAUCCAGUAA